AGCCUCUGCCCGAAUAGUUAAAAAAAAUGAUGUGGCCAUUAUCUGAUUUUCUUCGCCGCUUGUCUCGCUCUCAAACCAUGGAUUCCCUUGCUCCUUACAUUCCAUAUGCUCUCUCUGCUGUCCUCGCAGCAUCCACUGCAUUCUACUUUGUGAGCAAAAAGAAGGGAGCAGUCUUGGAUCCCAAGAACUUUAAGAAUUUCAAGCUCGUUGAAAAGAUUGUCAUUUCUCCAAACACUGCUUUGUACCGCUUUGCACUUCCACGCAAGGAUGCCAUUCUCGGUUUGCCCAUUGGUCAGCACAUUUCAGUAAUGGCUGAAAUCAACGGCAAGGAAAUCACGCGUAGCUACACACCCACGAGCUCUGACGAAGACCGUGGCCAUUUCGACCUACUUAUCAAGUCGUAUCCUACCGGUAACAUCUCUAAACUCUUUGGUGAGCUCAAGCUCGGCGAUGCGAUUGCCGUCCGUGGACCCAAGGGUCAAUUUUCGUACACGCCCAACAUGGUGCGUGCGUUCGGCAUGAUUGCAGGCGGUACUGGUAUUACUCCCAUGCUUCAAAUUGUUCGCGCCAUUUGCCGAAACCCUCAAGACAAGACUGUCGUCAACCUUAUUUUCGCCAACGUCAACGAAGAGGAUAUUUUGCUCAAGAAGGAAUUGGACGAAUUAGCUGCUGCUCAUGACAACUUUAACGUAUACUAUGUGCUCAACAACCCCCCUGCUGGUUGGACUGGUGGUGUCGGCUUUGUCACUGCUGAUAUGAUCCGCGAGCACUGCCCUGCCGCAGCCAAGGAUGUCAAGGUUCUUCUUUGCGGUCCUCCACCCAUGAUCAAGGCCAUGUCCACCGCAACACUCGAAUUGGGCUUCGAGAAGUCCCGUGCUGUAAGCAAGAUGGAAGACCAGGUUUUCAAGUUUUAGAUUGCCCGUUUGAAAUUUCUAAGAGCCCACUAAACAUUUUGUUUACAUUCAAAAGUAUAAAGAGUCCAUGAUGAUAAAAAAAUAUACACGAACGUCUAUAAACAAUUCUUUUCCAGAGUAUUUAAGAUGCUAGCAAUGCUAUCUUUUUA